UCGUGUUUUGGCGAUUCAAAGAUGUUAUUUUUUCAAUUUUUAGACGUUUAUAAGUUUAUACAGGUACCUUUAUAAAUCCCUUAAAAAUGCCCAAAAUUAGUCCAGUAUUCCUUAUAGCAACAGCAGCUGUUAUUCUGCUUUGUUUUGGAGUACUCUGUUAUCUCAUGAAAGCUGUUAAUCCGAAACCGAACCCAGAAAACGCCAGGAGAUACAGCUCACAAAUCAUACCAUUUACGGAAGAACUGAGGCAGAAUGGUAAUUUAGACUAUGGAUUAGAAAAGCUUCCAGAAAAUGUUACUGUACAUGUUAAACCUCCCACCGAGAGGAAUAUCCAAUCCUUUUCGUCUGAUAAUGCUGUCAUUUUCGUACCUAUAGGGCCAAACAUGAAUAACUCUCAUGUCAAAAAUAAUAUAACAUCAGAAAACGAAACAAACAUAAAGGGACAAAGAAGAUCAAUUAAGUACGAUGACGAAUAUCUUGAUUUAAUCAAAAUUCCUAGUUCGUUAAUUUUAAAUCUCAGAGACUAUGCUGGACCAAAAAUUAUUAUAAAUUUGAGUCCUGAAAGCAUUAAUAAAAGAGGAAGAAAAAGAAGUUCCAGUAAGGAAAAGGGUUACAACAAAACAGUAAUUGUUCUAGAAGUCAAUGAGUCCAUUCUUCUUAAUGUAAUAGGGAAUACAGAAGAUACUUUUGAUGAAAAGGAACCAAAUAUGAUAAAGAACGAGUUAUCGUUUGACAAUAUGACCUUCAAUCACCUAACGGAAAAUCUAAUCAAUGAUUUAAUUAAUAGUACAACUAUUCCAGAAUAUAUAAUCGUUAAUAGUGAUGCAAGUUCAUUCAAUACGACUAUGUUUGCUGACGACCAAUCUGAAACCUCUGAUGUUAUCGAAAAGGUUACAUUCAGUUCCACUGAGAAAAUUACUUUUAAUGAUACAACAGACCAUGCAAGUACUUUGGAGUUAGAUAAAACAACUACUGCUAUAAAUGAUCUUGUUGUUGAUUUACUGAUGCAAGGAGAGACGUUAAAAGAUACUCCACCGCGUAAUAACAUUAUGAAUGAUAAUGUUUAUAUCACUUCGUAUAAUUGACAGUGAUUUAAAAUAAUAAAACUAAUUAUUGGGUCAUUAACAAAUCCAGUAUGAAAAAUAA